AAUAACAACCUUCUUACUCACUCUCCGCGCUCUCAUUUCUCUAAUCUCGAAUCGGUCUUCUCCUCGCCACCGCCAUGGCUGCCGCCAACGCUCCCAUCCUCAUGAAAGAGGCUCUAACGUUAACGAGUGUAGGGAUCAACAGCCAGUUCAUAAACUUUACACACGUAACAAUGGAGUCGGACAAGUACAUUUGCGUUAGAGAAACGUCGCCGCAGAGCAGUGUUGUUGUUAUCGAUAUGAACUUGCCUAUGCAGCCGUUACGCCGUCCUAUCACGGCUGAAUCCGCCAUCAUGAAUCCUGAUUCCAGAAUUCUAGCUCUUAAAGCUCGAGUGCCAGGAGCCACUCAAGAUCACUUGCAAAUAUUUAACAUUGAAUUGAAAACAAAAGUGAAAGCUCAUCAGAUGCCGGAGGAGGUUGUCUUCUGGAAGUGGAUUAGUGCUACAAAGGUAGCUCUGGUGACACAAACUUCAGUAUAUCAUUGGUCGAUCGAAGGGGAUUCUACCCCUGCAAAGAUGUUUGAGCGAACAGCUAAUCUAGCAAAUAAUCAAAUAAUCAAUUAUCGUUGUGAUCCUACUGAGAAGUGGUUGGUCUUGAUUGGAAUUGCCCCUGGUCCAACUGAGAGGCCUUCAUUAGUCAAAGGGAGUAUGCAACUUUUCUCUGUGGAUCAACAGCGUAGUCAGGCACUUGAAGCGCAUGCUGCAUCUUUUGCCACAAUUAAAGUACCUGGGAAUGAGAAUCCUUCACUUCUUAUUAGUUUUGCUUCGAAGUCCUUCAAUGCUGGACAAGUAACAUCAAAGUUACAUAUUAUUGAACUUGGUGCCCAGCCAGGCAAAGCAGCAUUCACUAAGAAACAAGCAGAUUUAUUCUUUCCUACUGACUUUGCUGAUGACUUUCCAGUGGCAAUACAGAUAUCUCAAAAGUAUGGUUUGAUAUAUGUUAUCACAAAGCAAGGACUUCUAUUUGUGUAUGACUUAGAGACAGCUACCGCAGUUUAUAGAAACAGAAUCAGUCCAGAUUCUAUUUUUCUGACAACUGAGGCUCCAUCGGUAGGUGGCUUUUACGCCAUUAACCGGCGAGGUCAGGUGUUGCUUGCUACCGUAAAUGAUAGUACAAUUAUCCCUUUUGUUAGUGGCCAGUUAAAAAAUCCGGAACUUGCUGUUAGUCUUGCCAAAAAGGGAAACCUACCUGGCACAGAAAACUUGGUUGUCCAAAGAUUCCAGGAGUUGUUUUCUGAGGCAAAAUAUGAGGAAGCUGCAGAACUUGCUGCUGAAUCUCCACAGGGACUCCUCCGUACUCCCGAGACUGUUGCCAAAUUCCAGAGCAUUCCUGUGCAAGCUGGACAACCUCCACCAUUAUUGCAGUAUUUUGGAACCUUGUUGACCAAAGGAAAACUCAAUGCUUUUGAGUCACUGGAAUUGUCACGCCUUGUUGUAAAUCAGAACAAAAAGAAUCUGUUGGAGAAUUGGUUGGCUGAGGACAAGCUUGAAUGCACUGAGGACCUUGGGGAUCUUGUGAAGACCUUGGAUAAUGAUCUGGCACUCAAAAUAUAUGUCAAAGCUAGAGCAACUCCGAAAGUGGUAGCAGCAUUUGCAGAGAGGAAGGAGUUUGACAAGAUUCUGAUAUACUCGAAACAGGUUGGAUAUACACCGGAUUAUUUAUUCCUUCUGAAAACCAUUUUGAGGUCUGAUCCCCAGGCUGCUGUUAAUUUUGCUUUAAUGAUUUCUCAAAUGGAGGGAGGUUGCCCAGUUGACUAUAACACAAUGGCUGAUCUAUUUCUUCAGAGGAAUUUGAUCCGUGAGGCAACAGCCUUUUUAUUAGAUGUCCUGAAACCAAACUUACCUGAGCAUGGUGACCUUCAGACAAAGGUUUUGGAAAUCAAUCUCGUGACAUUUCCAAAUGUUGCGGAUGCUAUAUUAGCUAAUGGCAUGUUUAGUCACUAUGAUCGUCCACGUAUUGCUCAACUUUGUGAAAAGGCUGGUCUGUAUAUACGAGCUCUUCAGCAUUACACUGAAUUGCCUGAUAUUAAACGUGUCAUCGUGAAUACACAUGCCAUUGAGCCCCAGUCUCUUGUUGAGUUCUUUGGAACCCUUUCUAAAGAAUGGACCCUUGAGUGUAUGAAAGAUCUUUUAUUGGUCAAUCUCAGGGGAAAUCUUCAGAUAAUUGUGCAGACUGCAAAAGAAUACUGUGAGCAGUUGGGUGUUGAUGCAUGCGUAAAACUCUUUGAACAGUUCAAGUCCUAUGAAGGACUUUACUUCUUCUUGGGUUCAUAUUUGAGCUCUAGUGAAGAAACUGAAAUUCACUUCAAGUAUGUUGAAGCUGCUGCCAAGACUGGGCAAAUUAAGGAGGUUGAACGUGUGACUCGUGAAUCUAACUUCUAUGACCCUGAGAAGACAAAGAACUUUCUAAUGGAAGCCAAGCUUCCUGAUGCACGCCCUCUGAUUAAUGUCUGUGAUCGUUUCGGUUUUGUUCCAGAUCUUACCCAUUACCUGUAUGUAAAUAACAUGCUUCGCUAUAUAGAAGGUUAUGUUCAGAAGGUCAAUCCAGGAAAUGCUCCUUUAGUCGUACGGCAGUUGAUAGAUGAUGAAUGCCCUGAAGAUUUCAUCAAAGGUCUUAUUCUUUCAGUUCGAUCUCUCCUUCCAGUUGAGCCCCUUGUGGAGGAAUGUGAAAAGAGGAAUCGUCUCCUGUUGAUCACACAGUUCUUGGAACAUCUUGUGAGUGAAGGAAGCCAAGAUGUGCAUGUCCACAAUGCUCUGGGUAAAAUUAUUAUAGACAGCAACAAUGAUCCCGAGCAUUUUCUCAUGACCAAUCCACAUUAUGAUCCUCGUGUUGUGGGUAAAUUUUGUGAGAAAAGGGAUCCAACACUUGCAGUUGUUGCAUAUCACAGAGGACAAUGUGAUGAUGAACUUAUUAAUGUCACAAAUAAAAAUUCCUUGUUCAAACUGCAGGCCAGAUAUGUGGUGGAAAGGAUGGAUGAAGAUCUCUGGGAGAAAGUUCUUACCCCUGAUAAUGAAUAUAGGAGGCAGCUUAUUGAUCAGGUUGUUUCUAAUGCUUUGCCAGAAAGCAAGAGUCCCGAGCAAGUUUCUGCAGCUGUUAAAGCUUUUAUGACUGCUGACCUUCCACAUGAAUUAAUUGAGCUUCUUGAAAAGAUAGUGUUGCAAAAUUCUGCUUUUAGUGGGAACUUCAAUCUGCAAAAUCUGCUGAUACUUACAGCCAUUAAGGCUGACCCAUCAAGAGUCAUGGAUUACAUUAAUAGGUUAGACAAUUUUGAUGGACCUGCAGUUGGACAGGUGGCUGUGGAAGCUCAAUUGUAUGAAGAAGCAUUUUCAAUUUUCAAGAAAUUCAAUUUGAAUGUCCAGGCUGUGAAUAUACUGUUGGAUAACAUCCGAAGCAUAGAUAGGGCUGUGGAGUAUGCAUUUCGCGUAGAAGAAGAUGUAGUCUGGAGCCAGGUGGCCAAAGCUCAACUUCGGGAGGGUCUUGUGAGUGAUGCAAUUGAGUCAUUUAUUCGUGCAGAUGAUGCUACACAGUUUUUAGAUGUCAUAAAGGCUGCUGAGGAUGGAAAUGUAUACCAUGAUUUGGUCAGAUACCUUUUAAUGGUUAGACAGAAAUCAAAGGAGCCCAAGGUGGACAGCGAACUUAUUUAUGCAUAUGCUAAAAUUGACCGGCUUGAAGAAAUCGAGGAGUUUAUUCUUAUGCCAAAUGUUGCUAAUCUCCCAAAUGUUGGGGAUCGCUUAUAUGAUGAAGCCCUAUAUGAGGCGGCGAAGAUCAUUUUUUCAUUCACUUCUAACUGGGCUAAGCUGGCUGUUACACUCGUAAAGCUAAAACAGUUUCAAGGUGCUGUUGACGCAGCUCGGAAAGCCAACAGCUCAAAAACAUGGAAGGAGGUUUGCUUUGCUUGUGUUGAUGCUGAGGAAUUUCGCUUGGCUCAGAUAUGUGGUCUCAACAUUAUCAUACAGGUGGAUGAUUUAGAGCAAGUCAGUGAGUAUUAUCAGAACAGACGAUAUUUUAAUGAGCUCAUAUCUCUCAUGGAGAGUGGAUUAGGUUUGGAACAUGCACAUAUGGGCAUCUUUACUGAGUUGGGAGUUCUAUAUGCGAGAUACCGUGCUGAGAAGCUUAUGGAGCACAUUAAACUGUUUUCAACUCGUCUAAAUAUUCCCAAGCUUAUACGAGCUUGUGAUGAACAGCAGCAUUGGAAGGAACUAACUUACUUAUAUAUUCAAUAUGAUGAGUUUGACAAUGCUGCAACCACUAUAAUGAACCACUCCCCACAAGCUUGGGAGCACAUGCAAUUCAAAGAUGUUAUUGUUAAAGUUGCAAGUGUUGAGAUUUACUAUAAGGCUGUGUACUUCUAUUUACAAGAGCAUCCAGAUCUAAUCAAUGACCUUCUAAAUGUUCUUGCCCUCCGUAUUGACCAUACCCAUGUUGUAGACAUAAUGCGAAAAGCUGGUCAUCUCUGUCUUGUUAAGCCAUACAUGGUUGCAGUUCAGAGCAAUAAUGUAUCUGCUGUGAAUGAAGCUCUGAAUGAGAUUUAUGUAGAGGAGGAAGAAUACGAAAGGCUUCGUGAAUCUAUUGAUAUGCAUGAUAAUUUUGAUCUGAUAGGUCUAGCACAGAAGAUUGAGAAACAUGAGCUUCUUGAGAUGAGACGUGUUGCUGCUGAGAUAUAUAAGAAGGCUGGGAGGUGGAAGCAGUCUAUUGCCUUGUCAAAGAAAGACAAUCUUUACAAAGAUGCCAUGCAAACAUGUUCACAGUCUGGUGAUCGGGAACUUUCAGAGGAGUUGCUCAUUUACUUUAUUGAGCAGGGAAAGAAAGAGUGUUUUGCAUCGUGCCUAUUUGUCUGUUAUGAUUUAGUCUCGCCUGAUGUUGCUCUUGAGUUCGCAUGGAGGCACAAAAUGAUUGAUUUUUCCUUCCCAUAUCUGUUGCAGUUUAUUCGAGAGUACACAAGCAAAGUAGAUGAACUUGUUAAACAUAAACUUAAUGCUCUUGAUGAGGUGAAAACUAAAGGGAAGGAGGAGAAAGACAUUGUUGCUCAGCAGAAUAUGCACGCCCAAUUGCUGCCGCUUGCUUUGCCUGCACCACCAAUGCCUGGAAUGGGUGGUCCAGGGAUGGGUGUAAGUUUUGUUCCGCCGCAACCACCACCAGCAAUGGAUGGGAUCGGGAUGCCUCCUAUGCCUCCAUAUGGCAUGCCACUAAUGAGAUCUUUUUGAUCCCCCAGUUCUAACUUUUAUGUAGGGUGAGUCAUAACUAAGGUUAAGUUUUCUGGAGUUUCCUGUUUGUGUUUCAAAGUGAUCUCAAUCCUCACAAUUUUUAUGGGAACUGAAGGGAUUGCAAGAACAGCUGAAACCAAACCUUUUCUGCAAAUACUUGAGGGCUUUGAGGUCAAGUGCCAAAGUAGAAGCUGUGCUGCCGAGCCGGUGUUAUUGGAUUGGACAGAUGUUUUUGUUACUUGGGUUAGUUUACAGAAUUGCGUAGAGGUAGUUAAACAAAUUUGCCACGUGUAUAGCAUAUUUUAGAUUUUAAUUUCUCGGUUAACUGUCUUUGGUAAAAUAUGCAGGACAUAUUUUACUACCUAACUAGCUAGCCAUUUGGGUUUUAAGAAUCCUUGUAAAAUCAUCAUAUAUUUUACAUGAUGUAUAACAGCCUAUCUGAAAAUGGUAAAAUAUUACGUGGAAUUUAAAGAUGAGAUUUAUUUUUACCCCCUAUUAUUUAUAAUAAGAAUACUU